ACUGGAGGGGACACCAAAGGCCUCCGCGCUUCCAUCCCUUGGAUCAAUAUAGAGAAAGGGCAAAGUUUUUGGUUUUUUCAUAUUGUCAAAUAAUUUAACAUUAAAAAUAGAUGGCGAGUACCUAAUCGAAUUGAUGAGGUCAUGAAAGAACAAGAUUCUAGCUAAACCGCUCCAAACCGAAUUCAGAUAUCGUUUACCACUUGGAUUUUGGAGAACAGUUCUCCAUCUUACAUCUAAUGGUCCAUAAAAAUGGGCCAUUAAAUUAAGGGUCAAGAUUUGUUGGUAAAAAGUAGUAGUGCAGAGUGAGGUAAGCAACUGAAAAGGAGCUGACAAAAAGCUGAUUUUUCGGGGCCCACGAACUGAAAAGGAGCUGAUACAAGAGAGAGAGAGUAGUGAAUGCAAGUUCUUGAAAAUGCUGAAUAUGAUUUCUGUUUUGUACAAAUAUGUUUUGUGAUCAUUAGCAAUAUGUUUUAUAUUUGAUAAAAAUAUGGUUUUUAAUGUGUGGUAUAUUAUUUUGAAUAAGAGUUGCGAAAAUUACAAAUAUAGAAAUCACAUAUAUGGAAUAUGUUCUCUAUUCAAUGCAAAUAUCAUAUUUUGUUUAAUACGAGUAUGAUAUUCUAAUGUGUAUAUUUGUUCAGUACAAAUACGUAUUUUGUUCAAUACAAAUAUGUAUUUUGUUUAUUUUAGUUCAACAAGAAUAUACAUAUAUCGCUUGUAAAUAGUAUGUAUAAGGUAUAUUUUGUUAAAAAAUAAAUAGCUCAAAUAUCAGCUACUUUUUCAAUUUACGGGUCUCAUAAUCCACUAUCUAUUACUCUAAGAGAUCUGGAAUUUAAUUUAAAAGCCACUUUUGUGGGCUCUUUAAUGAGAAUGGAGAAUCAUUCUCCAAAAUUUAAGUGGUGGACCAUAUUGUGGUUCCUCCAAACUGGGCACAUCCGUAUGUUGUAAGUACUUGUAACCCUUCCUAAGGAACCGAAGCCUGCGAUUGGGUCAGCGUAAAGCCCAAAUUGGUAGAGACUAGGGAGGGCGUCUGUCCGGUUUGUUUAUUUGAGAACUUGAGAUUAGGGAUGGCAACAAAACCCGAACCCACGGGUACCCACACGACCCAACCCGGUCAACGCGGGUAAAAUCCGUGUUGACGGGUUUUGGCCGGGUUUGGGUUUAAACCCGUUCACUAUUCAUCGGGUUGGGUUGAGUUUGGGUUUAGGUAAACCCGAUCCGUGGGUACCCGCCCACACCUAUAUAAUUAAUUUGAAAGGAAGAAGCUUUCAAUUAAUCAUGUUAUAUAUGGAUAAUUUGUGAUUUGCUUCAAUUUUCUUGAGUUUUCUAAAUUGGUGUUGAAAAUUUUGUAUAGUUAAUUUGUGAUUUUCUUGAGUUUUCUAGAAUGGUGUUUUAUAUAUGGAUAAUUUAUAUUGAGAGAUUGAUAUUUGACUUUAAUUUUGAUAGAAACUUGUUACUGUAAAUUUUUACGACAAAAACCCAUGGGUACCCAUGAACCCGCAGAUACCCAGCGGGUUGGGUUGGGUUUGAGUUUUUGAAACCCAAUUAGUUUUAUCCUGGAUUUUUUUCAAGGAUAAACCCAUGGGUUUGAGUUUGGGUUUUGCAGAACCCGACCCAACCCGACCCAUUGCCAUCCCUACUUGAGAUCCAUCUCCAUCCCAUCCCAUCCCAUCCCAUCUCAUCUGUCGAAGCGAAGAGAAGAGAGGAUUGAGCGCCCGUGAUUGCAAGGAUCAGGAAAAGAGGAAUAGAGAAAAGAUGGGGAAGCAGCCAGUGAGGAUGAAAGCUGUGAUUUACGCGCUCUCCCCUUUCCAGCAGAAGACGGUUUCCGGUCUCUGGAACGAUCUCCCUUCCAAGAUCCACCACAAGGUCUCCGAGAACUGGCUCAGCGCAACCCUCCUUCUCACCCCUGUCGUCGGCGUGUACUCGUAUGUCCAGCACUACCAGGAAAAAGAGAAGUUGGAGCACAGGUACUGAGCUAAAGCUAAAGCAUGUGGUGGAAGAAGUCGUUUCCAGUUGUUUCACCUUUGCUAAAUAAUUUUCCGAGAUGAGAACUUUGCUUGCGCAGUGGUUCAAAACCCAUUUUCUUUAUAUGAAUUACUCUGAUGUUCAGCCGUCCUUUAGGUCUGUUUUGCCUAUGAAUUGUGGGUGUGGCAAGGAUGGUCCUAUUUUAGGUACAACCGAAGUGGAAUAUCAUGAGUUGUCUCCUUUGAAUUUGAUUGGAAUGCAAUGAAUGGUUUGAUCUGAGGUUCUACUAUGAAACCUGUGAAGCAAGGCUAGCACUUCUUCUAUGUUUUAAGUUAUUGGUGCCUUAAAGUUAUAUUGUACCACAAGGAAAUUUGACCUUUUAUAAAAUUAAAGUGCAAUUUUAGU